AUGAAGGAGACAAACCCUUCAUGGGAUGAAGAUGAAUGGCGGCGUGUCAUCAGCACAGACCUCUCGGAGGAGGUGACGUGGGCCGAGAAGACCAGCCAGGGGGACGUGCAGCAGCCGGGGACAGGAAAGGCCCCGGCACAUCAGGACAGGGCGGCGUGGCCCGACGUGGCGAGCGAGGACGGGACGCACCCCAAGUCCCCUCGGGGGCACGUGAAGGUUGGUCGCCUGUCGGACACUCGGGAGGACAUGUCAGGUGAGCAGUUCAGGUACAGACAGAGAGGCCAGGCUCUGGAGCAGGCCAUUAUCAGCCAGAAACCACAGCUGGAGAAGCUGAUCGCCACCACGGCCCACGAGAAAAUGCCCUGGUUCCACGGCAAAAUCUCACGGGUCGAAUCGGAGCAGAUUGUCCUGAUCGGAUCCAAGACAAAUGGAAAAUUUUUGAUCCGGGACAGGAACGACAACGGGUCUUAUGCUCUGUGCCUGCUGCACGAGGGGAAGGUACUGCACUACCGCAUCGAUAAGGACAAAACGGGGAAGCUCUCCAUCCCCGACGGGAAGAAGUUCGACACGCUCUGGCAGGCCUCCACAUCCCAAGGGAGCCGGCCAGAGAGCGCCGUGACCUUCAAUCCGUACGAGCCGGACCGCGGGCCCUGGCCCACGGACAGAGACGCCCAGAGAGAGGCCUUGCCCAUGGACACCGAGGUGUAUGAAAGCCCGUAUGCGGACCCCGAGGAGAUCAGGCCCAAGGAAGUCUACCUGGACCGCAAGCUGCUGACCCUGGAGGACAACGAACUGGGCUCUGGUAACUUCGGGACCGUGAAGAAGGGCUACUACCAGAUGAAAAAAGUCGUGAAAACGGUGGCUGUGAAGAUUCUGAAGAACGAGGCUAACGACCCCGCUCUUAAAGAUGAGUUAUUAGCGGAAGCCAACGUCAUGCAGCAGCUCGAUAACCCUUACAUCGUGCGCAUGAUCGGCAUCUGUGAAGCCGAGUCCUGGAUGCUGGUGAUGGAGAUGGCGGAGCUGGGUCCGCUCAACAAGUAUUUACAGCAGAACAGGCACGUCAAGGAUAAGAACAUCAUAGAGCUGGUUCAUCAGGUUUCUAUGGGAAUGAAGUAUCUGGAGGAGAGCAAUUUUGUGCACAGAGAUCUGGCGGCAAGAAACGUCUUGCUGGUUACUCAACACUAUGCCAAGAUCAGUGAUUUUGGACUUUCCAAAGCGCUCCGUGCUGAUGAAAACUACUACAAGGCCCAGACCCACGGGAAGUGGCCGGUCAAGUGGUACGCCCCCGAGUGCAUCAACUACUACAAGUUCUCCAGCAAGAGUGACGUCUGGAGCUUCGGCGUGUUGAUGUGGGAGGCGUUCUCCUACGGGCAGAAGCCGUACCGGGGCAUGAAGGGAAGCGAGGUUUCGGCCAUGCUGGAGAAAGGAGAGAGAAUGGGGUGCCCCACGGGGUGUCCGAGGGAGAUGUACGAGCUGAUGAAGCUGUGCUGGACGUAUGAGGUGGAGAGCAGGCCCGGAUUCGCAGCCGUGGAACUGCGUCUACGCAAUUAUUACUACGACGUGGUCAACUAACGGCCCCACGCCCUCCGUGGCCGCCUUGGGAGCAGACGAGGGGUCACAGCAAAGCCAGCCCAGUGCAUGGAUUUCGAGGGUUUCCACCUGCGUCUGCUGCCAGGGGAGCCGGCCUCGUGUGGAGCACGCCUGUGACCGUUGUCCCCAAAGCCUGUCCCAGAACACACCCUCCACAAAGCAGCCCCUCCUGGGAGAGCCCGGGAAGAAGGACAGCAGGGUCAGAGGGCCCGGGGAAGGAUCCCUUUGUGUUUCUUGUCUGCGCGGUGUGAUUUCGUGGCAGGUUACGUUCAGGAUCUGUUUCUGCAUCGGAAGAUCUGGCAGCCUGGAGGCGUCCCGUGUGCCGUUCUCCGCGGCCAGGGGUGCGGCCGGCCUUGCGGUCUGCGGUGGAGGGAAGGGGAGCAGAGGGGAGCUGGCUGCCUCCAGAACUUGGCUCCGACCGGUCCUGCCACCGAAAAGCUGCCCUGGUGACACAAGUCCUUUGAGGCUGAAAAAACACAAUCCAAGCACGUAGCCAGUUAAAGGGGAUAAAAAGUUUGGAGACGGCAUUUGCUCUGUGUGAUCUCAGACGGAAGACGCACACCUGCGUGGACAAGGGGGCUCUCGGCACGGACCGGCUUGGCUUCCUUUCCCCUGAAACAGCCUCUCUCCCGCAUGCUCUCCCAAGACCGUGCUUUCAGGGGACUAGUAAAUAAAAGUCGUGCAGGCGGUGGAGGGCCGUGAUGUCUGUCACCGCGGGCCUGAGCGAGGACAGACAGCAGGACGCCACGGGUCCUCAUCUCCUGAGUGAGGUCCGAGCUCCCCUCCGCCAGAGAGAGGGUGUCGCCAGAGUUCCCAGCCCUUUCUGUGUUCACUGCAGGGGGGGACAAGCUGGUGGCCAAGGCCCUCUAAACGCGAGCCUCCUAAGAGUGUGUUAAUUCCUAAUAAAGCCGCAGACCCUGACCCUCACCACAAGUAUGCCUGAGUGUGACUUUGGGUUGAAGGUGCGAGACGAGGAAUUCUCUGCUAGUUCCCUAGGCGUAGUGAACCCCCGAGCAGGGUUUGGGCUUACACGAGUCACUGGCCCACAUACACCAGUAAAGUUAGGAUCAGCUGCCAUGGGCUGGAUGACGCGGGGUGACGUCUGGACCAGAGGCCCCGGCGCUGAGCUGCGGGUACCCUUCAGGUGCCGGAGCGUGUCUGUCGCGGGGCCGCACGUGGAAGGCUCGGUGACGUGAGCUAAGUCUGGAGGGGAAGGACUACUCACCACGCGUCUGCCCUGCCACAGGGUCACGCGCACUCCCUGUGCCUUUACCUGGGGGCCCUUGUUUAGCGGGAACAGAGGGGCCUCAUGGACGGAGGACAGACAGCCUGUUCUGGCCAGAACCAUUUGCUGACGCCGUGGACACCGCGUUCCCCCACGGCGGGACUGAGGUUUCCGGAAACGAUUACUCGUUGCUCCUCUGAGCGUGUCCCCACACGGGCUGUCACCAGCCUUGGUGGCGACUUCACUUCGUCCCCUGCCCGGCGGCCGCCGCUCCGUCUGGAUCUGCACGCGUGGAGGUGCCUGCUGGGCUCUCGGGCCCCGUCGCCCCGCAGAGCACACUCGACCGGAUCAUCAGUAUUCUUCCUCCAUCUCAAGAACUGCUUUUUGUCACUGGACUUUUUAACUGUGAUUUUUUUUUUAAAUAAAAGUUUUAAAUUGGUUUGAUGAUUCUUUUCAUGGAUGUUACUGGAAUGUGGUAGGAUGCACUCUCAA